UCCGAACAUUUCAUCCUUCGAAUGUCCUUGCUGCCGAUGAUCUUGUCUUCCACGGAAGCCUGAUGAUUUGAUAUCCAAGACCUCAAGAGCACAGCGAUUUCCAAGUUGAUGCCAUCCGCUUUCAACCACAGCUGAGAAUGUGGUUCCUGUUCAGUCAUUUUUUUGCGUUGUCAUUCAUUUGCUGCCUGGCAGAAGACAGCAAGCAGUAUGGACCAGUGUUUGAAGAACAGCCAAUGCCUACGAUCUACCCAGAGGAAUCAGAGGAGGCAAAAGUGUCACUUAAUUGCAGAGCCCGUGCAAACCCUCCUGCAAUUUACAGGUGGAAAUUAGACAACCGGGACAUUAACAUGGAUGAUACCCGCUACAGCAUGGUGGGAGGUAACCUGAUUAUCAACAAUCCAAUAAAGAGGAAGGAUCGUGGGAAAUACCAAUGUAUGGCAACAAACAAUUAUGGAACCAUCAUCAGCACAGAGGCUGAACUACAAUUUGGCUAUCUUGACAGAUUUUCUGUUGAUGAGCGUCCAUCUGUGACAGUCAGGGAAGGAGUUGGUGUGAUGCUCAUGUGUGCUGCUCCUCCACAUUUCCCAGAUGAUCUCACCUAUCGCUGGUUGUUGAAUGAAUUUCCUAAAUUUAUUAUAUCUGAUGAUCGUCGGUUUGUCUCCCAAUCCACCGGAAAUCUUUACAUUUCAAAAGUAAAAUCAACUGAUAUUGGGAAUUAUUCUUGUAUAGUAACCAGCCCAUCAAUUUCCAAAAGUGUUUUCAGCAAAUACAUUUCACUCAUUCCUCAAACUGACGGUGCAAUGAAAAGAUAUCCUGCUGAUAUCCGAAUACGAUUCACAGACACACAAGUCCUGAUGGGCCAGAAUCUGACACUCGAAUGUUUUGCACUUGGAAACCCAAUUCCUGAAAUCACGUGGAAAAAAAUUGAUGGUAGCCUACCCAGCAGUGCUGAGUUGAGCACGUUUAGUUCAGUACUCAAGCUGAUAAACAUUCAGCCUGAAGACGAAGGAAUUUACGAAUGUGAGGCUAGAAACUCAAAGGGAAAAGAUAAGAUCGAAGGAAGGAUUACUGUUCAUGCUCAUCCUUACUGGGUGCAUCCAAUAAAUGACACUGUGAAAGAUAUCAAGAGUGACCUUAUCUGGCCUUGUGAAGCCAAAGGAAAACCUCAACCCACAUAUAAAUGGUUGAGGAAUGGAGAAACCACAUACGGGAGUCGAUUUCGUGUGAAUAGAGGAGAGCUGAAAAUCUUGAGACUGACCCUCGAGGAUUCUGGAAUGUAUCAGUGCGUCGCGGAGAAUAAACAUGGAUCCAUCUACUCCAAUGCUGAGCUGAAGGUUCUGGCUUUAUCACCAGAUUUCAAACUGAACCCCGUGAAGAAGAAGCUUUUGGCUGCCAGGGGAGGCAAAGUCAUUAUCGAGUGCAAACCAAAGGCUGCUCCCAAGCCAACCUUUACAUGGAGCAAAGGGACUGAGCUACUCCGGAACAGCAGCAGGAUGUCCAUUGGGUUUGACGGCAGUCUGGAAAUUCGAGAUGUCACCGAGACUGAUAAAGGAAGCUACACCUGUUUUGCAGUGAAUGACAGAGGGAAGGCAAACAGCACAGGCACUCUUUCAAUAACAGAGGCCACCAAAAUCACCCUCGCCCCAUCGAACAUUGAUGUCACUGUUGGAGAAAAUGCCACUAUGGAAUGCCACGCAUCCAAUGAUCCCACCCUGGACCUUACGUUUAUCUGGUCAACCAACGGUUACCCUGUGGACUUUGACAAAGAGAAAGAUUACUUUGAGCGCAAUGUUCUGGAAGAAGCUGGUGGAGAGCUAAUCAUCAAAAACGCGCAGCUGAGGCACGCUGGGAAAUAUACCUGCACCGCACAAACAAUUGUCGACAGCACUUCCGCAUCUGCAGACCUGGUUGUCAGAGGUCCACCAGGACCCCCUGGAGGUGUGAGGGUGGAAGAUAUUAAAGACACGUUUGUUGCAUUAUCCUGGAGCCGGGGGACAGACAACCACAGCCCAAUAUCCAAGUAUACAAUUCAGUGGAAGUUCUUCGAUGCCGAUGAAUGGAAAGAUGCUAAAACAGACCCACAGAAUAUUGAAGGCAACAUGGAAACAGCAAAGGUUGUUGACUUAAUUCCAUGGAUGGACUAUGAAUUCCGCAUUGUAGCAACCAAUACUCUGGGCCCAGGAGAACCCAGUCUACCCUCUGCUAAAGUUAGGACUCUUGAAGCAGCUCCAACUGUGGCUCCGUCUGAUGUCGGAGGAGGGGGAGGAAACCACCGGGAACUGACAGUAACAUGGACGCCUUUGCCAAGAGAGUACCAUUAUGGAAGCAACUUUGGUUACAUCGUUGCUUUUAAGCCAAGUGCAGAGAAGGAGUGGAGAAAAGUAACAGUGUCCAAACCUGAUGCCAACCGAUACGUUCACAAAGAUGACUCAAUGUCCCCAUACACUCCAUUUGAAGUGAAAGUUAAGGCUUUUAACAACAGAGGAGAUGGUCCAUUUAGUCUGACAGCUAUUAUUUAUUCAGCAGAGGAUGAGCCAUCUGAAGCCCCUCCCCAAGUGGCUGUCCGAAGUACAUCAUCCACAGAAAUUGAAGUGGCGUGGAAGCCUGUCUCCCCUCAGUCAGUGGAUGGCUAUGAAAUCAGAUACCGGAAGUUCAUCGAUAACGAGGCUGCUGCACAUCGAGUGAGAACAGUUGGAUACAAUCUAACAGCCAGAGUGAAGGACCUCAAGCCUGACACCUGGUACCAUGUGGAAGUCAGAGCCUACAACAAAGCCGGAGCUGGUCCUCCCAGUCGAACAGUCCAAGUUGUCACCAAGAAAGGACCUCCCAGCCAGCCUCCAAAAAUAGUCAGUGUCACACCGAUUGGAACCCACUUCCAGAUCGUCUGGGAAGGUGUCACAGCAUUGUCCAAUGAAUCGAAUGUGGAGGGAUACAAGGUGCUAUAUAGAAGAGAUGGAACCGUUAAUGGCACACUGCUACAGACCUUAAACCACAAUAUAGAUAUACCUGUUUACGAUGAGGGGGACUACAUUGUGGAGGUCAGGGCCUACAGUGAAGGAGGCGAUGGGGCAGUGGGCUCAAUCAAGAUUUCAAAAGGUGCUGGAGUCGCACUGCAGUUCUCUUACAGCUUGCUGAGUUUGGGCCUGAUCCUCGGUGCCAUCAGAUGCCUGGAGCUGUGAUUGUAUCCAACUUUAUUUUCCCUUUACAUCAGUAAAAGAGCACUCCCUGAGGUGACUGAGUCGUCUCAAGCCAGUAAGGACCUUGGCUCAUUCCAGACAUCUCUGGUACCAUCAGAAGCCAAAUAUAACACUUUCAUGAAAUUCAAAUUUGAAAGACGUAUUGUAUAAAUCAAGAAGACAGACGGCAUCAAGGAACUCCCCCUGUUAAAUACCAAGUAAACAUAACAUUGGAAGUGAAUCAAAGGAAUUCUUGUGACUUGUUCCAAUAUGCCUUAUACAAACACUUACUCCAAUCUACUGCAGUUGCAUGAUUUGGUCUAAUGGUGCAAGUUACAAGUGGCAAAAUACCAUAGCUUAAGAGUUCUUCAAGGGAAAUCACUCAAAUCACCAUAUGUAGGGCCUCUAAUUUUUAUCAAAAAUCUGUUAAAUCUUCUAGACAAUGAAUGCAUUUAUUGUAUAAAAACAAGCGCAAGGUUAAUCUUGUCUUAUACCAAGUGUCUGCGAGCAGCACUGUUCCUCAAAAUUGGCUGCUGCCAGUGUCCCCAUGAAUGAGAACAUUCUAUUCAGAGAAACAGUCAUAACAAAUAUAACAGUGGAGUUUAUGGCGAUUGUACCAGAUUUUUGCAACACUCUAGGUGUUUGACAUCAAGUGCACUUUUUAGUUACCAUAUCAUGCAUGCUGGCCUCAAGAUGUCCUACAGCCUUAUUUCUCAGUAGGAUGACUUCUUUUUGACGUUGAGCAAUACAAUAAAAUAAAGUUUAAAAAUACUGCUAAUUACGGUACUAAUUUGCUUAACUUUUAUUUGGUUACUUUUUGUGAGGACAAGUAAAUGAUGCAUUACAUAUUUUAAAAAAAGUUAAACUAUAUUUUUAUUAACAUUUUCCCUUUCAAAAGUCUUUGAGAUUCUAAAUAGUUACAUAUGUCUUAUAAAACACUAUAAUAUCCAUUACACAUCUCCUGGAAUUUAAGAGAACCAUUGUAGGAUCUUAUGAAGUUGUAUAUGCCAAAACAUCUUGCAGAAUUUAUGCCUAGAACUUGGAAUCCAGUAGGAUUUUCAAAUGGGAUAUCUCAUGGAUAUGUUUUAUGAUACAUUAUUUAAAACAGACAUUAAAUAUUUAGUUUAUGAUUUCUUCAGCUUAUUAAAUAAUGGUUAUUUGCAAUUCAAGUAACCUGUUUGGAUCCCUUCAAUUUUUCUGCAUCAUUUGACAUUCUUGUCUUCUGCAAUUUCUGGUCAAACAUGCUCUGUGUAUAUUUGUUCAAACUCCGUUCCCUACUCGUUUCUUGACUGAAUCAGCCUCCUCCUUCUUCACCAACAAUGGAGAGACGAUCCUACAGGGUCUAGUUCACGUCUGAUCUCAGGUUCCCAAUCUUUGUUCUCAUUGGAAAAUACUCUUAAUGGAAAAUCUAACAAAUAAUAACCCUACCUACGAGUGUAGUAAUAUAAUACAGCAUAAAUAUAUGCGGGGGAGGGGUGAGGGGGUGGAGGGUGAAAUCAUCUGACAGAAAUUUAAAAGGGAAUCUCAAAACAUUAUUGGAUGUUUAAUGCACAAGUUAUUGUACAGUUACGAGAUUGUCCUGUUUUGUAUUGUAUUAUCUUUGCUUUGGAAACUGGCAGAAUUUGUACCUUUCUUGGAGUGUUGAGAGUGCUGGAGGCUCAAGAUACAAGUGUAUUUUGUAACUAAACGUUGUGGGUUUUACACAUUUAAAACUAAUUUAAAUGUUAUCCUAUUUGGAACCAUUACCGGUCAUCAUGUCAAGCACCUAAAGUGUAGCACAGCCUAUGAAUGGUAAUGCAAAGUGCUGAAGCAGCUGCCAAAUGCCUGAAAAAGUAACGCUUUUGUUCUGACUGUGUCUAUGAAAUGUCAGUGUUACAUGUUGGUGCUGUGUGAGGAAUAUAAAGUCCAUUUUUGAUUCACUUGUCAAGUUAAGAUUGAAUGUGUGACUGUUAAAGAUACGCAAAUGAUGUCAGCAGGUUAAUAUAUUAGUGCAAUGUAACGCUUAAACAGGUAAUAGCUUUGAAUGAAACUUAGCACAAACUUGCUAGAUAGGGAUAGAUUUUCUCUUUUAGAUUUCAUGCUGCCUACAAGCUUCUUCAGUAAUAAUUAAAAGAUGCAGAACUAGGCACUAUGGUAUGUUUAAUGUGUUUUCGAUGGUUUUAAUAUGUAUGGUUUUGCACUAUGUCAUUUUUAAUAUAAAUCAAAUGUGUUAUUCCGAGUUCAGUUAACUGGUAGUCUGUCUACCUGAUUUACUUUCUAAUGUGUGCACCUCACUCCUGGUAUUUCUUUCUAGAUCACAUUAAUUUGUUAAGACUGAUCUCUGGAAACAUAAAUAAAUCAAAAUAUAUUCCUGAAAGUUGAAUUUGCUCCUAUUGGUUUUGUGAUCAUUUUGUAUAUUCAAUUUUGACAAUACUAUGCCUAGAAUUUACAAUACAAAUUACUUGCCUGCUUUGUUUCAUUUUUUAUUGUGUAAAAUCAAUUAACUCUGUAUUGGUGCUUCCUCCCACAUCUUUUGGUGAUAAGUAAACAAAAGUAAUCGGAUUAAUUGCCACGAUGCAUGAAUGUCUUUUCCUAUUAAAAUCUAAGAUAUUCAGAUCAAAAUUGGUAUGUUACAUUGUUCAUCAAGUUUCACUGGAAGGCAAAAAAUAAUCUUUUUUGCAACUUUCUUUUUCCAACUAACAGUGCUACUGCGGUUAAUAUAAACAAUCGGGAAGCAUAAACUGCCUUUUUUGUUACAAAUUGAUGUACAAUUUAUGGGGAUCAUCAAUUCACAAAGUAUUGUAGAUUAAAAAAAGAAAAGUUAACAAACAUUAGCUUUCCGCUGGUUUCUCAUACCAGUUUUAACUGAAUACUGGAACUGGUGUAUAAUGGCUGUUCUGAAUUAAAGUUUAUAUAGACAAAAAA